AUGGGAACCUUUAUCGGCCAUGUGUACCCGGGGCUGUUCCUAGUCUCAUACGGACUGUAUCAGGCACUAGUGGUCUCCAAAGCUCUGAUAGUCAGUGACUCUCUCCUGAAUCCUUCCUGUCCUCCCAGGAAUAAGGGAAGAUGGGUCAGGCUGUGGGGAAUAUCCUACAGAGGUUUGCUGAAGAUGGUGACUGGCUCCAUCCUGAUAGUUUAUGAGAUCAGCUGCAUUAAAGGAGGGCUCAUGCUGAUGGACAGGGAGGUGCCACCGAGAUUUAUGCACCCCAAAGAGUGGCAGCACCUCACCAUGUUCAUCCUCCUCGCCCUCAAUGGCUGCGUAGAUGUCAUGAGCAACAACUUGCUGCCUCAGAGGUGUGUGUUCCUAGAAAAAGGCACCGUGGCCCUGACCUUCUACGUGCUCCUGAUGCUGUUGGUGUCACACGUUCAGGGCUCAGCAGGGGUGGAGCUGCAGACUCAUUCUCUGCUCAUCUUGGUGGUGUUCCUGCUGAUGCUGGUGUUGACCAUACAGCUGUGGGCUCCCGACGCAGUUCACCUCUCACUGAUCGAGACCUUUCUGUUCCUGAUGAUGGGCUCCUGGCUGGUGCAGGCGGGCUUUAUUCUGUACAGACCAGUGUCCGGCUACCCAUGGCAGGACGAUGACAUCAGCGACAUCAUGUUUAUCACCACCUUCUUCUGCUGGCAUGUGAUGACCAAUGCUUUGUGCCUGUUGGGAAUCUACAGCAUCGCUUCCCUUUGGUACCGUUGCCAUAGUCCCAGCUGGAAGCUGACGGCGUCCACAGAAGCUCCAUAUUACAUGAGCCCUGAGGGGCCCGUCUACGAAUUGCUGCCGGAAGUGGAGCCGUCAGAGAAAGAUGAGCAGGCUCUUCUCCUUUCAGAGAGCGCACCCUGA